AAUCUGCCGGCGGGCGGAUUGCGGGUUUCGCGGGCGAAACACCUGUUAGCCAAACUUAAUUACACACGAGAUCCGGCGUGGACGCGACCGCCGGACGCUCGGCACGACGGGACACGAGGAAACGUGCCGGUAAAAGCAUUCUACGGGGGUCUCGUAAAUAUAGAAAAUAAGCUUGGAUUUGACUUCUAAUUCCAGAUUUCAAUCACUUCAUGCCUUCAUCUAUAUUCAUGUUGACGGUCGCAGGCGGAUUAGGAGUUUAAAUUGCAUUUUAGCUCCGUUGUGACUUUCCCCCGAGGCGACGCCGGCCCGGAGAGAAGAAAAAAUGGAAAGCUUCACAUUUAAUGUAUUUACACCACGCGUGUGCAUUAGAACUGUAAACAUGCUGCAGAAUUCACCUCGGGAAGAAAGGGCAGUUUUUUCUAUGAUUUCUAUUAAUUCUAAUUAGCCUAAACUUUUAAAAAAUCCACCUUAAUGUGUACGUAAAAUAAAUAAAGAAGCUCAACAUCUGAGUAAUGCUUAAGAGCCAAUUAAUGUUCACGUUCCAAAAUGUAUAGAAAAAUCUAUCGUCUCUAUAAACGUUACCAAGAUCGAUGUUUAUAAACUGAUUAUACCCUCAACAAACUGAUUUAUUUGGGGUUUAAUGACUUUGUGAAAGACGGAUUGCACUUUUUUUUGUUGCCUUAAACUUGAUCAAAAUCUCCUCAGAAGCCGAACUGGAGACAAACCGCAUGAGAAAGAAAUGUUGUAAAUAAGUUACAGGCUAAAGCCGUCAAAUGUGCCGAUAUAUCAUCACACGUCACGCCUUGGAAACCCGUGUGUGUGUGUGUGUGUGUGUGUGUCUCAAGGCUGGCAUGCCUGAACACAGUUAAACUGAGGAGGAAACUGUAGAUUAUUAAAUUCCUCAUGUGUAGACCAGCUGUUUUGUGUGUGUGGUUUGGCCCUCAUUGAGGGUCUUCUGAGAAGUGCUUAUGUGGCACCUCAGCUCCCCUUCAUCACUUCCUGAUGUUGUCCCUCUUCGGUCACUUUCCGUUUUUUAAGGCCGUCUCUCUUCGGAGAGAUUGGACGCCUUAAAAAACAAAAAAAGAUCCCGUUGUUUUUUUUUUUUUCCAUAAAUGUAAAAUUAAUAAUCAGUUGUGUUUAAAGGCGGCUUGAGACCACAUCUCGUCCCGCUUUACCUCCACGUCUCCAUCUCGGCUCCCGGGGGCCCUCCCCCCUUCUCCCUGUCUUUUUAAUUACGGGGGCCUCCAAUUGGCGGAGACAUUUUUCUGAAAGCGCUAACCCAAUCACGCGUCUCGUAUAGGUGUCCCAGGACCCCCCACCCCUCCCGCAGGUGGUCCCCGGUGUUAACGAACGGACUCGGUUUAAAACAUUGCCAGAUAUCUUCGCCAGGCCAGUUCUAUCAGAAAGGCCGCAGGGACCGAGUGCACCAGGAACCUCUACCACACACACACACACCAGGUGGACUGAGUCACCUGGUCUGGCGGCGGCUUCCUUUGAGUCCACAUCUGGAUCCGCAGACAGAAGACGAGACAACCACAGGAGAAGAAGAAGAAGGUCGAGUCAUGGCUGGAAGGAGGAGAACCACCAGUUUCUCCGGCGUGUUGGUCGCAGCUCUGCUGGCUGUGAUUCUGCUGCCUGCGUUCCUGUCUGCUGGACCGAUUGGGCGAAAGCCGAAAGGAGAUGAGGGAGACAGUGUCCCGGACAACGCGGCUGCCAACAGGAAGCUGGUCCGCAACCGCAGGAACAUCAGCUGGUACAAGCAGAACUCAGACUUCUGGGGCUGGUACAAGUACUUCACUGAAAACGGCAACCAGGAGGCAAUCCAGGAGAUGGACCGCAUCUACCUGGCCUACCUCCAGAACAAGAACAGAGCCGAGGGCCGGCGCUCCUACAAGGCCUACUUGCGCCACCUGGGGGACAUCUACAAGUCCUGCUCCGAUUCCGACGACCCCGACUGCGUGUCUUCCUACACCAGCAGGCCUAAACCGGAGGCCCCGAAGCCUGCGCCUGUGAAAACAUGCGACCCCACCAAGGACGCCUACUGCCUGUACGCCGCUCUGGUCCAGGGCAAGAGUCCCUACCUGCCUCUGGCGCUCCCAGCUGCCGCCCCCGCCCCGGUGAAGGCCCCGGCCCCAAUGUACGCCCGCUCCGCUGCUCCGGCGAAGGACACCCAGUCGGGGUAUUACUACUACUCUCCGUCCGCAUCGUCCUUCCUUUCCAAGGAGCAGAAGACGGAGCUGCUGCGCAUCUGCGCCGCCGAAGAUGUGGAGUGCAUGCAGUACCACUUGAGGGCGGCCCACGGGCACGCGCCGUCUGCCGGACCCCAGCCUUCCUACGCCCACCUCGGCUGCGACCCCAGCAGAGACCCCAACUGCAACCCCAAACUGGUGCAGAAAGCCUCCUCCGGGCUCUACCUGCAGUACCCCAACUGCGAUCCGCUCCGGGACCCCCUGUGCGCCCACAGCGCCGCCCUCGCGGCGCCUCGUGCCCCGAACCCGCCUGCCGCAGCCGGCCCCGGAUCCUGCAACCCUCUUUAUGAAGACGGCUGCAACCCCCUGACUGCCACCAGAUUUGCCAACCCCCCCAAGGCGUAUCGCAAUGAGGACGACGAGGAGGCCGCUGCCAUUCGUGCCGCUCCUUCCGCUGGGCAGAGCGACCCUUAUGCCAUGUUCAGGGACGCUUACGCGAAUGCCAACAGAGUCAACGACCCCUACGCUAUGCAGCGCCAGGCUAAUGACCCCUACGCUAUGCAGCACCAGGCUAAUGACCCCUACGCUAUGCAGCGCCAGGCCGCGGCUAAUGACCCCUACGCUAUGCAGCACCAGGCCGCGGCUAAUGACCCCUACGCUAUGCAGCGCCAGGCCGCGGCUAAUGACCCCUACGCUAUGCAGCGCCAGGCUAAUGACCCCUACGCUAUGCAGCACCAGGCCGCGGCUAAUGACCCCUACGCUAUGCAGCACCAGGCCGCGGCUAAUGACCCCUACGCUAUGCAGCGCCAGGCCCCAGCUUCUCCUGCGGCGAAUGACCCUUACGCCAUGCUGCGCCGAUUCAUGGCCCAAGCUCAAGGCAACAACCCCCACGCCGAACACAUGGAGGCGGCUCCGGAGACCAACCCCAACGAUCCCUUCGGCGCGAUCCGCGAGGCGGCGGCCGCCAUGCAUCGCCGCGGCGGUGCCGCCGGCGCCAGGCAGCAGUUCCCUUUUGCCAGUCCAAGUUACGAGGAGCCCGCCCCGGAGGAGCGCCACCCUCUGGGCCCCCCGGGUAAAACCAAGGAGGGCUACGAAUGCUUCGUCGGCUACGACCGCGAAUGCACCCCCGUCGCGAAGCCCGCCGAGCCUCGCGCCCACCGCCCCGUCCCGCACCCGGCCGAGGCCCACGAGCCCCACCUGAACGCCGACGGCACCCGCAGCGGAGUCCUGGAGCCCUCCGACCCGCACUGCGACCCGGAGUACGACCGCGACUGCCGCCUGCGCCGCUACGAGCCGGAGCCCGAGGCCGAGCGCCGCGCAGAGGAGGACCGCAGCCAGGGGGCGGCAGAGAGCGAGCAGCCGGAGCAGCCGGAGCCGUACGAGGGGGAGCCCAACCAGAGCGGCCAGGAGGAGCCUCACAUGGCCUACCAGCCUCUCUCACAGGGUAUGCCCAGCCUGCAGGACAUACUGAGGCGCUACGGAGACCAGCACCCCGAGCAGGUCGAUCACAGAGCCUACGGAGACGACUACCGCAAGAAAUAAACACGCUAACACACACACGCGUGUGCAUGCAGAUGGACAUGAACACAGUCCCAUGUGUUCUUGUAGCUUAGCCAUUGAGCGCAGUCCUACCGGGACCAGAUAUGGGACACGAGAGAACUCUAUGGACCCGAUGAGCGAGUACACGUACACACACACCUUCCAGCUGAGGGUCCACACACACCUUAAAGCUGACGUUCUCGUCUCUUUAGCCCCGUUGCUUUUGGCCAAAUGCUUUCCAGUGUCCGCCUCCUCCAACCACUCGAAUGCGUAAUGACUUCUCAAUGCUCCGCUUCGCUUCUGUAUCGAUUUGCAUCUCAUAUUUUUUUUAAACGUGUUUGUUCCUCUUUUUUUGUGUCAGUGAUGGAUUAUGUGAAGAUUUUUUUUUUUUCGUUUUUGAAUGUUCUAAUAAAAAUCUGUCGAAAGCUG